AUGCCUCGGAAACGUGACCCGUCGAAGCAACCUUCCCGGAGAAGUCAUCACGGCUGUCAACGCUGCCGCCAGCACAAGGUUCGAUGUGACGAGGUUAAACCACAAUGUGGGUUCUGCCGCUCUCGCGGACACUCUCCUUGCAUCUUCUCAGCCGCUCUCAAAUGGGAGGCAGACUACAAGCACAAAGGACGCGCCUUCGGCAGAGCUGGCGUUUGGUCGAAAGUCUCCGCGGACGGUGGCAACAGCAAGGGAACUCCAAUUGAGUCGCGGUGUUUUACUCCUCCCUUGCCGAGGAUUCAUUCAUACGGGUUUCUAAAUACGUCGAUACAGGACUUUGAACAAGAAAGCGGAGGCGAUGACCAUGAUACUGCACUGAUUCACAGUACUGCCUUGAUGCACGGCAACUCCCCAGGAACCGACCUAAGAUACAUGGACAAAACAAGAUUAUCGAUAUACGCAUGCCUUGGCGAUUCAAUGUCAACAUCUUUGCAGUCGAUGGACCCUCAUCUGGUAUCAUACUAUGUAUACCGCGUAUGCCCUCUUACAGUCCCCGCCUCGAACGCCAAUCUUGAUUCUCCAUUCUCUGCACUCCUGGUUCCCUUCGCAUUGUCGUCGUCCUCGACCAUCAUUUUAGAAGCAUUGCUUGGCCUAGCUGCUUCUCAUCGAUCCCGGUCUGACUCCACAUACAAGAAGGUAGCAUUGUCAUAUUACAGACGAACAGUCCAUUAUCUGCGGACGCUACUCGCGACAAGGACGCCCAAAGAACUCAUCACGAAUCCAGAAAUAUUGGUCCUCAUGAUGCUGCUCUGCCAACACGAGUUGAUCAGGGAUGAAGAAAGCAACUGGGUUAUCCAUCUUCGCGGCGCUCGAGAUUUGAUAACCUACCAAAGACAACAACAGGUCACAAGCGAGGGCAACGCACUGACACGACAAGCCAAGCCAUGCGAGCAAAUUACGCUCUUUGCGGAACGCUACUUUGCGUUUUACGACGUCAUGGGGAGAACGGCAUGCGGCGAGCAGCCGAUAUUCGGUAGUGACUUUUGGAGUGGCCAAGAUGAAAGGGUGGAUCCGUGGAUGGGUUGCUCGCCACGGCUUGUCAAUAUUAUUAGUGCGAUUACCGAAUUGAGUUGGAAGUAUCAACAUGGUACCCAAUCACCCGAUAGAAGACGUGAGCUUGAUGAGCAGAGAGAUCGUCUUCGGGAUGCUCUUCAGUCAAUGGUUGGCAGGUCAGGGGCCAGCGAUUCACCCAACGACGCCAUUAUGCUGCGAUGUACAGAAUUAAAACGGCUUACUGUUGAUUUAUAUAUGCACGCAGCUUUACAGGACUCAAGUCCAACGACACAUGCAACCAAGCAAAAGAUAAGGGAUAUUCUCCGCCUUGUUUCAAAGUUGCUUACCAUGGGAAUAUAUGCGGGACUAACAUGGCCGCUUUUCAUGGCUGCUUGUCAAUUAGACCCGAGUGAAGAGUUGGAAUGGGCGUCGACAAGGGAAGCUGAGGAAAGGGACAUGCCGACGUUUUCUCGCCCUUUUAUUCUGUUUGCACUGGAUAAGCUGAAGGAUUCGCUGUCUAGCGUGUCCCGUACCAGACUGGUGAUAGAGAAAGUCUGGAGGAGGAGAGAGGCUGUACUCUUUUCGGGGGACUCCGUGCAGAAAGAGGAGGCAUUUAAUGACUGGGCUUAUUAUGUGGCACCUCUUUGUCAUAACUUGAGUGUUGCUUGA